GAGAAGACAAAACCUGUAAGACAGGCCUAUAACGUGACGAACAAUAUAAAAUAAGUCUCUGUUCGGAACUCACGAAGGCUUUAAGAGGAAACAACUGAAAAACAUUAUCUUGUGUAACGUGGAUAUUUAUGUGAUUGAGCACCGAGUCCAAAGACACAGGUAGGCUUUCACAAACAGUGACGUCUCACAAACAAUUAUGUUUUGAUAGUCAAUGACCAGAACGUUUUUAUCUAGGUCCGCUACAGAAACAAAGGUAGGAGAAGUUUAUGCUGCUGUAAAAUGGGAAUUACGAGAAGUCGGAUGUGGUGGUAACUGACAGACACGCACUGUAGUCGACGAGCAUCAGUAAUAGAGGUGCCUUAUGGGGCUGGGAAUACGAUUGAUCUAUUAUUAUAUUCAUUAGCCGACGUCGAAUAAAUUGUAUUACUGGAUAAUGACAGAGAUAAACAGCUUCAUAAUACUUUCAAUUUGUUUUGUAUAUGCACUGUGAUACGUAAAUGAAACACAAUAUGCAUCACAGUUUUAUAAAAGGUAGACUGCUCUUUUUGAAUAGUCUACACUAUCAUAAACUAUUACGUAUUUGGACAAAAAUAAUCUUAAUUCUACAAGCACUGCUCCUUCAAUGACUCUCACAGAAGUGCAAUUGAUUUGGCUAUUUUAAUUUGCUUUUGUGUUGUUGGCAUUGUACCACAGAAUGAGUCAAUGGAAACAAAUUCAACAGCUAGAGAUCAAAUACCUGGAGCAGUUGGACUACCUUUACGAUGAAAACUUCCCUAUGGACAUUCGGCAGGUGCUUUCCGACUGGAUUGAGAGCCAGGACUGGUGAGUGUGUGUGCCAGUCUUUAUGUGUGUCUUUAUAUAUGUGUGUGUGUCUGUCUGUCUGUCUUUAUGUGUGUCUGUGUGUCUUUGUGUAUCUGUAUGCGUGUCUUAAUGUGUGUUUGCACGCAUGUAUGCAUGUGGUUUGGAGUGUCAAAACUACACUACAACACUGGAAUAACAAUAGAUAUCAAGUUGGGUUUCUGGUGAGAAUAUUCAGGAACUGAAACAUGGCAGCUUCAAAGCCUUUGCAUCUCAGGCAAAUAAAAAAGGAUAAAGUCCAAUAAGAUAUGCUGUCAUUGAAUUGAACCUUAAAGGCCACAGUGACUUUCUUUAAUGCAACCGAGACACACUAAAACACACAAAUGUACAAUCUCAAUUGGUGCAAUAACUGGGCUGUGUGCAAUUUUUAUUUUUUAAUAGGUACUUUACAAAUAUAAUCAGGUCCCACAGCUAGGUCCCUGAUCUCUGUUUCUAAAAUGUCUGUUGAUACAUAAUGUUUUCACUGCAGAUGUAAAUUAGCUGUCAGCUAAAUCUUUUCAUAUGGCUGGAUGUCCUUUGGGUAGUAGACCAUUCUUGAUACACACAGGAAACUGUUGAGCGUGAAAAACCCAGCAGCGUUGCAGUUCUUGACACAAACCAGUGUGCCUGGCACAUACUACCAUAACCCAUUCAAAGGCACAUAAAUAUUUUGUCUUGCCCAUUCACCCUCUGAAUGGCACACAUACACAAUCCAUGUCUCAAUUGCUUCAAGGCUUAAAAAUCCUUAAUUAACCUGUCUCCUCCCCUUCAGCUACACUGAUUUGAAGUGGAUUUAACAAGUGACAUCAAUAAGGGAUUAUAGCUUUCAUCUGGAUUCACCUGGUCAGUUUAUGUCAUGGAAAGAGCCGGUGUUCUUAAUGUUUUGUACACUCAGUGUAUCUUCUACAUGUUCUUAUUAAUCACAUUUUGAUUGAGCACUGAACACUGUGAAAUUAGAUACACUUUAUCUUAGCUUUGUAUGUGCCUUUUUCAGGGAUAUGGCCGCAAACCAUGAGUCCAUGGCGACAGUUCUCCUCAGCAAUCUCCUGUCUCAGUUGGACAGGCAGUGUUCUCAGGAACAGAACUUCCUACAAAGACACAACCUGAAGAUCAUCAACCAGCAGUUACAGGUGCCACAACAACCUGCCUUACAAUACCAUACACCCCGGGCAAAAACAAUCAAAACAAUAAUCGGUAGCACUGGUGAUUCCAAUUUAAAAAAGUUAGGCGCACAACAUAACAUUUAGGAGCAUCAGAAAAGCAGAUUUGUACAUUGAUUUAGAUAAAGCCUUUAUUGGGCCUAUAUGCAUUCUAGCUACGUUUUGAAGCACAUGCUGUGCCCUAGAAACUAAUAACCCUUUAAAGGCAUUGUUUAUUAUAAAAAGCUAAAAUGUUGAUACAAAUACCUGCAUGCUGAAAUCUACCGCUCAGAUUUUUUUUUACAUAAGCCUAUGCAACAAUAACCUAUUAAAAACAGUUCUGUAGCAAUGAGGUUUGUGCAGUAGGCUAUAAGCCCAAUACAUUAUCACUGCAUAUUGGCUAUGCUUGAAUUGCCCUGCCAAUGUUGUUGAGGUAUAUGAUCAGUUGUUGUAUUACUUGUGUAAGCAUACAUGUAAAUAAUUAGCUUUUUUUUUUUUACUGGACUGAUGGUGCCUGCUUCUGAUGGUCAGUUUCAGCAGAGGGAGGGAGGGAGAGAGCAGCAGAGGGUCCGCCUCUCACCAUCCCUCCGCUCUCCCUCCCUCUGCUGACACCGUCUUCCCGCUGAUGGCGACACGUGCAUCGCAUUACUUCUGCCUCAUGCACAAAUUCAUGUUACUCCUAUGACCAGAGAAAGUGAAAUAUUUCUUGAUGUUAAAAUGGACAAAAGCCGCUGAUAAUAACAAUGCAAGCAUUUCGAUACACUUUCCUACUCAUUCAUUGCAGCUGCAGUGCUGGUUGAAGUGCGAGUGGAAGAAGCUAAUGUUAUGGCUUAUAAAAGGGUUGAAUAAAAAGUGUUACAGUGCUGAGUAAAAACGUAAAGAUGAACUCACUCAUAAAAACAGCAGCUCUUUGCUGUAGUUGUUGACAGUCUCUCUAGUGAUAGUUUUAAAAAUUUAGAAAUCUCACAGUAUAAAUUUUGCUGUGUGCUCGAGGAAUCUGCAGACACUGUAAUUUGAGCUCUCCGAUUGGCCAGCCGUAGGCCUAUAAGUGCACUUGAUUUGCUGUGUCCAGGACCGUGUGGUAUGGCACUCGGCGACAGCGAUACAGCGAAGCCUAAUCAUAAACAAUUAUUCUGGGUGAUAUAUUUGUUUUUUGUAGUCGAACUAGUGCUCUCAAAAUAAAAAUCCAGGUCACACAGCAAAUUAUUUAGGAGCAUAUGCGACCAAAAUGGUCGCACUUUAGAGCCCUGCAUACACCUAACCUAGUUAAAACCCGACUGAACGCUGCGCUAAAUCAGUUUGCCAGCCUACCAUACACCAUGCAAAUCCAACAUUGAUAACAUCAAAUAGUCUGUCCUUGUAAUUUAUGUAUCCAUGCAUUGAGGUGAUUUAGCACAACCAACCCAUAAUUUAGCACAACCAACCCAUGGGGAAUGUCACUGUGUAGUCCAAGGUUAAUCAACUACUAUUUGAGAAGGUCCGGUCACACAUAUCUCCUAGAUGGCAAAGGUCCGGAUGGAUAUUGUAGUUUAUCGGCUUAGUAACAAACCCCAGCCUCGCAACCCAUGUGACCCCAACUGUUCAAACUGUUCCCACCCCUCUUGUUGGUAGAGAGAACAUUUUGCAGUUUUAAAGCUCAUUCCCUGCAAUUCUACACAUUUAGCCAUGGAGCGGAGAGAAAAUUUAGCAUUUUUAAAGCUAAUUUCCUGCAAUUCUGCACAUUUUGCCAUGUUUUGAUACCUGAGUCAAUGGGGGCCCUCUAGGGGUUGAAGCCCCUGGGAACGUAAUCUGGCCAUGAUAACUACAAUAUUUAGAUGGCUGGUUAGCCUAACUUCCCCAUCUAGCUAACAUGGCCAGUAGUUGAUCAACUGGACAUUUCUGACAGGAAUAAAAUAAAAUAUCUCUAAGGUCUGUCAGUGAAUAACAUAACAAGAGGAAAACUGCCCAUGCACUACCAGAUUUUGAAAUUGAUCCUUGUGCAUUCUACUAUUACAACUCUCAGCAGCAGUAAAUUAAAGGGAUACUUAAGGAUUUUGGCAAUUCAUCCCUUUAUCUACUUCCCCAGAGUCCGAUGAACUCAUAGAUACUAUUUUUUAUGUUUCUGUGUGUAGUUUGAAGGAAGUUGCUAACUAGCGUUAGCGCAAUGACUGGAAGUCUAUGGUAACAGCUGUGCUAACGCUAGUUAACAUUGGCUCGCGAAACCCUAAUUCUACAAGCAAAACCCUAACUUCCUUCAUACUGGAUGUAGAGACAUACAAAUGGUAUCCAUCAGUUCAUCUGACUCUGGGGAAGUACACUACAUUACCAAAAGUAUGUGGACACCUGUUUGUCGAACAUCUCAUUCCAAAAUCAUGGGCAUUAAUAAGGAGUUGGUCCCCCCUUUGCUGCUAUAACAGCAUCCACUCUUCUGGGAAGGCUUUAUACUAGAUGUUGGAACAUUGCUGCGGGGACUUGCUUCCAUUCAGCCACAAGAGCAUUAGUGAGGUCUGGCACUGAUGUUGGGCGAUUAGGCCUGGCUCACUGUUGGCGUUCCAAUUAAUCCCAAAGGUGUUCGAAGGGGUUGAGGUCAGGGCUCUGUGCAGGCCAGUCAAGUUCUUCCACACCGAUCUCGACAAACCAUUUCUGUAUGGACCUCGCUUUGUGCACGGGGGCUUUGUCAUGCUGAAACAGUUGCCACAAAGUUGAAGGCACAGAAUCAUCUAGAAUGUCAUUGUAUGCUGUAGCGUUAAGAGCUCUUCAGUAAGGCCAUUCUAAAGGCAAUGUUUGUCUAUGGAGAUUGCAUGGCUGUGUGCUUGAGUUUAUACACCUGUCAGCAACUGGUGUGGCUGAAAUAGCUGAAUCCACUAAUUUGAAGGGGUGUCCACAUACUUUUGUGUGUAUGUGUAUAUAUAUAUAUAUAUAAGUAUUAAAAGCCAGACUGUUGCAAAAAACUCAAUUCUGGAUCCGGAUCCAGAUGGCAGUACAUCAGUUGAGUAUGGCUGGUGUAGUCUGUGUGUUCAGUAUGGAUAGGGAAGUGAAAGAUGAUAAAUGGCUGUUAACUUGUUUUUGUUAUAGCUUUAGAGAUUGGCUUACGCGUGUAUUGGUCUUCCUCAUACUGAGCAUUCUUUCACUGAUAAGUAUGUUAUUGUUGUCCCAGUCAUAAUUUGACCUCUUACCCUAUUGAGGCGAAUCAAAGAAACAUGUUCGUAGUCUUGCUGAGGUCUCAGGACAUUGACUGGUGGUAGUAUAUUUCUUUGAUUCUCUGAGAAUUGUACCUUAAAACACUAACAGGAAUCGAAAAUGGUUGUUUGAGGCUGAUGGCCAUGGGGCCACAUUUCUGUGUUACACUAACUGAUGUAGGAAAGACAUACCUCAGCAGAACCUUGUGGUUUCCACACCUCCAUUUCAUGUGUGUAUAUGUGUGUGCAGAUCGUGUGAUGCCUCUCAGAGGAAGUUGUAGCACGAACAUCGAGAGGUUUGGCUUGGGGUGGCGAUGUGCGUUUUGUUAUUGUUUAGGUGUAAUGUCUAUGACGCACAGAGGACAGACAGAAAAUAUCUCUUUCUAGGCAAUAAUUUGUGCUGAGUCUUCCUUGAAGGUAUACAAGCAUUGUUUGGGGUCCAUUCUUUUCAACUCAGUCAAUUUAGGGAAUUCUAUGCAAAUGCAUUUUAUGAAUCGAAUAAACCCUUGUCCAAUGUUUCAUACCUGAAUUGCAUUUGGUUGUGAUGGAAUUGACCCUAACCUUGUAUGGCACUGAAUGGAAAAAAAACAUUCAACCCACUAUGCGAAUACAUUAGUACUGGAAAUCAAGAUUGCAGUGCUUAUGUCUCAUCCAAAGCUACACUCUUAGAAAAAAAGGUUACAAAAUGGUUCUUCAGCUGUCCUCAUAGGAGAACCAUUGACAUUAAAACAUUUUGAUUUUAGCAGACACUCUUAUCCAGAGCGACUAGGGUUAAGUGCCUUGGUCAAGAGCACAUUGACAGAUUUUUCACCUAUUCUGCUUGGGGAUUCAAACCAGCAACCUUUCGGUUACUGGCCAAAUGCUCUUAACCACUAUGCUACCUGCCGCCCCAGCCAACUUCCAGGUAAAACCCCUUUUGCUUCCACUAGGCUACCUGCCGCCCCAGCCAACUUCCAGGUAAAACCCCUUUUGGUUCAGUUAGAACCCUUUUGGGUUCCAUGUAGAACCCUCUCUGAAAACCAAAAUGAUUCUUCAAAGGGUGCUCCUAUGGGGACAGCCGAAGAACCCUUUUAGGUUCUAGAUAGCCUUUCCUACACUCUUUGAGCCGCCCAUUCAGCACCUAUUUUUCUAAGGGGAUUUCUCUUGAUCAGUUAACAAAGUCAGAGGGAUGAAAGAGGGGUUUUACUGUCCUUCUCUGAAUACAGUAGGCCGAAUUACGCUGCUGAGCUGACGUUGUUUGUUUGUGCUGUAGUCAUCAUUGUGAUGAUUUAAAGGGUAUCGCGUGGGUUUUCAAGACUGAAUCACCCUCCUGUCAUUGGUCACAGACAAAGACUGAAAGAGAAAUCAGGUUUCACAUGUUCACAUCAAAAUGUUCCCUUUUGUCACAGAGGCCUUGACAGAAUCUGUGGCAUUUCGCAAAACCAGAUAAAUUAUGUCAAGAUGCAUGUGGUUUUUGAUACAAGUUUUGCACUGAACUGGGUUCAGAUCACAGAGACCGCUAAACUAACUAAAGGAACAAAUUAAGGGGUACAGAGGGCAAGUCCAUUCAAGGUUUUGUUCAUUAGGGUACACUGUAGCAAAACAAGCAUUUCUUAUUGAAUAAGUUCAGGUAAUACCUCCAUGUUUCACUCUUUCUUAAAUGUUGUGCCUAAUGAACACAGCCCAUGUAGGCCUGGUCUUUUUACAGUAAAUGGCUCCUUGUUCGCACUGUCAUAGUAGACUUUAGGUUAUGCAAAAAUAAUGUGUCUAUACAGUGGGGGGAAAAAAGUAUUUAGUCAGCCACCAAUUGUGCAAGUUCUCCCACUUAAAAAGAUGAGAGGCCUGUAAUUUUCAUCAUAGGUACACGUCAACUAUGACAGACAAAUUGAGAAAGAUGCAUCCAGAAAAUCACAUUGUAGGAUUUUUAAUGAAUUUAUUUGCAAAUUAUGGUGGAAAAUAAGUAUUUGGUCACCUACAAACAAGCAAGAUUUCUGGCUCUCACAGACCUUUAACUUCUUCUUUAAGAGGCUCCUCUGUCCUCCACUCGUUACCUGUAUUAAUGGCACCUGUCCACAACCUCAAACAGUCACACUCCAAACUCCACUAUGGCCAAGACCAAAGAGCUGUCAAAGGACACCAGAAACAAAAUUGUAGACCUGCACCAGGCUGGGAAGACUGAAUCUGCAAUAGGUAAGCAGCUUGGUUUGAAGAAAUCAACUGUGGGAGCAAUUAUUAGGAAAUUGAAGACAUACAAGACCACUGAUAAUCUCCCUCGAUCUGGGGCUCCACGCAAGAUCUCACCCCGUGGGGUCAAAAUGAUCACGAACGGUGAGCAAAAAUCCCAGAACCACACGGGGGGACCUAGUGAAUGACCUGCAGAGAGCUGGGACCAAAGUAACAAAGCCUACCAUCAGUAACACACUACGCCGCCAGGGACUCAAAUCCUGCAGUGCCAGACGUGUCCCCCUGCUUAAGCCAGUACAUGUCCAGGCCCGUCUGAAGUUUGCUAGAGUGCAUUUGGAUGAUCCAGAAGAGGAUUGGGAGAAUGUCAUAUGGUCAGAUGAAACCAAAAUAGAACUUUUUGGUAAAAACUCAACUCGUCGUGUUUGGAGGACAAAGAAUGCUGAGUUGCAUCCAAAGAACACCAUACCUACUGUGAAGCAUGGGGGUGGAAACAUCAUGCUUUGGGGCUGUUUUUCUGCAAAGGGACCAGGACGACUGAUCCGUGUAAAGGAAAGAAUGAAUGGGGCCAUGUAUCGUGAGAUUUUGAGUGAAAACCUCCUUCCAUCAGCAAGGGCAUUGAAGAUGAAACGUGGCUGGGUCUUUCAGCAUGACAAUGAUCCCAAACACACCGCCCGGGCAACGGAGUGGCUUCGUAAGAAGCAUUUCAAGGUCCUGGAGUGGCCUAGCCAGUCUCCAGAUCUCAACCCCAUAGAAAAUCUUUGGAGGGAGUUGAAAGUCCGUGUUGCCCAGCGACAGCCCCAAAACAUCACUGCUCUAGAGGAGAUCUGCAUGGAGGAAUGGGCCAAAAUACCAGCAACAGUGUGUGAAAACCUUGUGAAGACUUACAGAAAACGUUUGACCUGUGUCAUUGCCAACAAAGGGUAUAUAACAAAGUAUUGAGAAACUUUUGUUAUUGACCAAAUACUUAUUUUCCACCAUAAUUUGCAAAUAAAUUCAUUAAAAAUCCUACAAUGUGAUUUUCUGGAUUUUCUUUUCUCAUUUUGUCUGUCAUAGUUGACGUGUACCUAUGAUGAAAAUUACAGGCCUCUCUCAUCUUUUUAAGUGGGAGAACUUGCACAAUUGGUGGCUGACUAAAUACUUUUUUUCCCCACUGUACCUGGUAUGGUCUCAUUCCAAUGGAAUUAUUCAUUUUGUUUCUUCACACCUAAUGGCACACCUGAUUCUUCACACGCCUGAUGGCAUACUUUCUCUGUGGUGUGUCGGUGGAGAGCAAUGACAGUACAGUGGGUUCAGGUUAUUCAAGGAUGUACAGUGUCUGGAAAAACACCUUUCAAAUUAAAUUAAAUACUUCCUUAUUGGUCAAUAGACACUAUACAUUCUAAGGAGAAAGUAGGGCAAACCUAAAAGGCUCUGCAUGGUCAAUCCGGCAUCUGCUUUGGCCGUACAGCAUUUACGGCGAUACGGCCUCUGCAGAAGUCAGGGCAUUCAUACUUCAUGCGCUUCGCGGAGCAGCGCAGAGCUGUUGUGAAGGAAGUUGUCAAGGAAGUGAGUUUGUGUUUAUGCAGGAACUCCCGCCCCCACCUACCGUCAACCAAUCAUGUCAAUGCUGAGCUAUACAGAGCCCUCCGCAUUGAUACAACAUUUGGGAGUGACGUUGAUCAAUGAGAUUACAACCAAUAUUCACCCACUCAAAAAGACAGCCAAAAGUUAGUUGAAUUUCCAAUGUGCUAUCACUAUACUUUCAACCAUUUUAAAAAGCACAGCAAAGUUCAAAUGGGAAUACGAUGUCAGAUAUUUUGUUUAUUUAUACAACAGAUUGUGUUAUCACUGUGCUUAAUGUAAUAGCAGGACCAAAUGACCUGGAUUGCAGUUGACAUUACAUCAAAAGUACAUGGUGCAAGUGAUCAAUGCCGUUUGAGAUUCUACGCAGAUUAUUACAGCAAUUGUGAAGCUCUCCACAGACCUGCGACGAUCUAUGCAUGCUAUCGUGAACAUGCAAGCUUUAUAUGAUUACAUAACAUUACUUUUAUAGUUUCAGUAACCUCAAUAUGGCCAUGGAUGUGUUACUCAUUUUAAGGUUGAAUGUUAGAUUACUUAAUAUUAUUGAAUUGUGUUUGGUUGACAACAUUUUAAAGGAGAUGGAUCUACUGCUGUCCAUCUGAGCAACUGGCUUAGUCAUAUUCUUUAACUUAGAUUUUUGGUUGAGAUGGUGACGGGAAUCCAACAAAUAUCAAUUAUUAAUUUGAAAACCAACUGGAAUUAAAGCCAGACAGUUCCACAGAUGGAACUAUCCAAGCAGAAGAUCCAUCUCAUUCAAAUAUUGAUAUUUGGUUGCUUUGACAAUAAAACACAAUUCAAUAUCCUACAAUUUCAAAUCAGAGCUUUUUUUGUUGAAUCCUCAAUUUAAGCAAUAGCUGUUGAUGACUUUGCAAAUGCUAUAUAGUCCUAAAUAGCAUCAUUGAUGAUAUUUGAGUGAUAAAGUAUGGUCACAUUUCAUAAUUUGCUCUGUUAAACCUACCCUUUGGAAUGACUUCGAUAGCAACAAUAAAUCUAUUUAGUUUUUAUGUGGAGAUUGCUCAACAAUCAUUCUCACUAUAGCUCAUUGGUAUUAGUCAGUGACAAAAAUAGCUACGCAAGGCUGGGCUUGGUUAAAACCCUGGAUGGGAGACCAAAGGGUAGCUGUAGAUAGAUCAACUCUCCAGUAGGAGGUGCUGCCCAGCCUAUAGUUUUCUUCUUCGGAUAGUGGAUAUAACGUUAAAGAUCUGACGUUGUUUUAAAAUUCAACAUAUUUAUAUAAGGUUUGUCUAUGUUGAAAUUUGGUUACUAUGAUGACAUAUUCAUGUGGUUGAAAUUUUACCCUCAUAACAACAGUUUAAGUUAAAUACGUUGACAAAUUACGUUGGAACAUCAUUGAUUCAACCAGUUUGUGCCCAGUGGGUAGUGUGUAGAAGUGUGGUGGGACCGGGUUUAGAUCGCAUGCAGGCAGGGGCCUGCAUAUGUCAAGAGGCGUAGACAGCAGCAUAAUAUUCCAGCGCCUGUCAACCCAACACAUUAGCAGUUUCGCCGAGAGAUUCAAAUAUCUUGACAAGGUCUCUAGGGGUGUGUGUGUGUUCAUAUGUCUAUGUUCCUUUUCAGCUGAAAUGCAAAGCCUACCCUCUGCUCAUGGCCGGGGUCAUCUCCACUUGCCUCAGAGAGGAGCGUCGUAUCAUCUCCACAGCCAGCAAACAGGAACAGGUGUGUCACUCUGUUAUUACGUCACCAGGAAACCCCCAUGAUUUUCCCUCUGAUCUCUCUUUCCUCAAAAUACCUCGGAAAACAGAGGCAGUAACAGGAAGAUUUAAGACUAAAGUGCAACAGAAAGGCCUGUGUGUGUGCAUACAGAUGUAGCAUCUUAAUUUGAUCACCCUGUUGCAGGAUGACUUUCCUGCAAUGCAGGAAAUGUUAAACUUGUAGUGUAUUUGAGGUUUAAAAAGGCUUCUAAAGUUUGUCAUUUUCUUUUACGAAAAAUGUAUCGACCCCAGUCAUUAUAAUCCACAUAAUAAUUCACAAACAGUAUCCUGUUGCUGCAGGAUUAUUUUCCUGCUGUAGGAAACUGCCUCAAAUUAAGAUCCUACAUCUGUAUGUGUGUGGUUUACUUCACCUCAAUAUCUUCUUGACAGGGCCCAUUGGAGAAGUCUAUGCAGAACUCCGUGGCCUUCGAGAGACAGAAGAACAUUGACAACAGGGUGGCGGUGAUCAGGAGUAGUGUGCAGAUGAUGGACCAGGCAGUGAAAUAUCUAGAGGACAUGCAAGACGACUUUGACUUCCGCUUCAAAACUAUCCAGUCUCGAGGUCAGCUAUAUGGCCAAUCUAAAAUCCACUUUCAGCUCCUAUCCCCUAUGGACUCCCCGAAGAUCUGAGAUGAUUUGAUAGCUAUCCUAUAAUAUCGGAGAGCUGUAAGUAAUAUGGCAAUAGCUGCGCCUUGCCCUCUGGUGGCCUGAUGUGGUGGAAUUAUUGAAUAACUAAGGGUAAGACUUUACUUAAGCCCUGCAGGUAUAAUGCAUUAUGAUGAGGUUAUAAUGCAUUAUAAGACUUGUCAUAAGCAUAUAGGCUUAAAAUGGGCAUUUUGGGAUUUGAAAAACAACAUAGCAAUCACCCCACCACUUGUUAUAUUCUUCAAGAAUCAAUGGCUAUACUGCAUUCAUUUGAAAGUCAAAAAUGUUUGUACCAAUCCCAGAUUGCCCCUUUAAAGUGUUACCACUAUGUUCUUUUCGCUGUCAUAUUAGAUGUGUUUGUGUCCUUCAGAUCCGGCGGACAUGAACACGGAGGUGAUGAAACAGGAAGUGACCCGACUGCAGGAGAUGCUCAACAACCUGGACUUUAAGAGGAAGGUGUGGGGACACUGUUAUAUACAUUAGAUAAACCAGCAAUCAGCUAUGUUUUAUCAGCUGCACCUUUUUACACUCUGGUUGUUACAAUAUGCUUCCUGUGACGCGUGUGAACAGUCGAAGCCCUUAUCUUCUAUCUAAACAGUCGUGGUCCUCUGUAGCUCAGCUGGGAGAGCACGGCGCUUGUAACGCCAAGGUAGUGGGUUCGAUCCCCGGGACCACCCAUACACAAAAAAAUAAAAUAAUGUAUGCACGCAUGAUUGUAAGUCGCUUUGGAUAAAAGCGUCUGCUAAAUGGCAUAUUAUAUUAUUAUUAUUAUUAUCUGCGAUGCCUUAUCUGCGAGUGAAUAUGCGUUUUAUUUGAGUUGGUGCCACCAUUUGUCAUUUAUAACCAUGGUAGGUACUUAUGCAAUUGCUGUCUGAUGCAGUUUAAGUCUAUACAACUCUAUAUGAAUAUUUAUCUACAGUAUAUAGAUAAAAUUGUUAAAGCCUUCCCUUUUUUGGGGCCUGCGACACGUGGAGAGCACCAUAGCGUCAAGCACAAAAUUGCAAGUUUGAUUAACAUUGCAAAACAGUUCAGUCAGAUUUGAUAUCAACAAAUAAUAAUUGAAUUCACUUUGGGGUUAUACUAUUUACAUCAAUUAGUGCAUACAUAUUCAUAUGGGUUGGCCCCAGUGGGAAUGCUAACACCAUGCGCUUACCAACUGAGCCACACAGAAGACCGGACCAGUAUUUAUAUUUUAUUGUUCCGCCACAGGAGAUCCUGUCUAAGAUGAGUGAUGUGAUAAAAGAGAUUGACGCUCUGAUAGCCUCCCAGCUGAACCUAGAACUGAUGGAGUGGAAACGCAGGCAGCAGAUCAACUGUAUAGGUGGCCCACCGCUCACUGGACUGGACCAGCUCCAGAACUGGUAAAACACACGUGCAGGAAUGCAUGAACGCACACACGCACGUAUGCAUGCAUGCACGUACAUAUACUGUACACACACACACUAGUAAAGAAAGCCCUAAUAAAGAAAGACACUGAACACAUACACGCCCUAGUUUGAAUCGCCAGAAUCAGUCAUUUUCAGAUCAGCUUUGUGUUAUCGCUUAACUCCUAACUCUAUCUCAUAACUCCUAACUCUAUCCCAAAAUACAGUAACUUGGGAUUUUAAUUGCUUGUCCCCUUUCCCCCUCUCGCUCUCCCAGGUUUACUCUGACAGCCCACAGUCUGUUCCAGAUGAAACGUCAGCUGGACAAACUGGGAGAGCUUAUCCUGAAGGUGACCUAUGAGAGCGACCCCAUCCCCCUGCAGAGACCGCAGAUGGAGGAGCAGGUCAAACACCUCAUCUACAACCUCAUCAAAAGGUACUAACCUCAACGAACACACCUGUGGUCAAAUACCUACCUAAUCUAACUAAAUGCAUAAUGUCAGACUACUUUAGACUCAGCGGCACCAGUUAAAACCAAUAAUAAAUAAAUAAAUUGUCUGCCAGAGUCUCACUUUGGUUAAAUUACCACACUUGUGCCUUAAAGUGAACUUAGAAAGACUGAACGUAAAUGGAAGACCUGCAAACUUUAAGAUGCAACUACACUUAAAGUCAAAUAAUGAAUCAAAUAUCCAUCACAAAAUAAUUAUCCCAAAAAACUAAAUUAAUGGUCUUGUUGACAGGGAAAUGGACUUGUGACUUAUAUUGCCUCCACCCAAAUCUAGGUGGUGUACACAACUGCUAUUGUAGUUCUCUUGGGUGCCAUCUUUGUUUCAUCCUUUGUGCAAUUUCCACAGCUCAUUUGUGGUGGAGAAGCAGCCAUGGAUGCCAACCCACCCCCAGAAACCUCUCAUUAUCAAGACUGGGGUGCAGUUCACCACCAAAGUCAGGUACAGUAUGUGUAUCAAGAUGCAACACAACUCAAUGGUGCUUAUCAAUCCGUUGUGUGUGUGUGAGUGCAUAUUAAAUGUAUGUUUUUGCUGAGUAUUUCUGUUUGAUCACGUUGUAUAUCCAGAUUGCUGGUCAAACUCCCAGAGGUGGAUUAUCAACUGAAAGUGAAGACAAUAUUUGACAAGUGAGUUAGACAUCCGCAAAAACAUUUUAAUAUCCAUCUCUUAGCCAAUGUUUGUACACUGGUAGCAAUGUAACACAGAAAUAUGUGGCACAUUCGCUUUAAAGGGUGAGAGAACCAGUGGUUGCUCUUUGCAAGCUCUGUUACACAUACUGUGUGUGAACAUGUCAUGGAUAUACUGUGUUCUAUAAACGGAAUGUUUCAUAGACAUUCAUAAGCAAGCUGGCACUACAUUACUGAGUAAAUUUGCUAUGUUCUAUAUUUUCUUUCCUGUGUAGGGACCUCCCCCCUGGCAGUGUGUGAGUAUACCUGUGCAAUCUCAAUGUGGGCUGUUCCGUGGGGAUUUCUUGUUAUUGUUAUUUAGGCCAAUAUCUAAGCUUCUAAGUAGGGAUGAGAUCGAACACUGACAAAAAGAGAAAUAUGAGAAGCCAUGUUUGAUUACAAAUCAGAUGACCCGGUUUAAGUGAACAGAAUAAUCACCUUUUUAGUUGCCUGGAAUUCAACUUGAAUUUGAGUUGUUUUUACCUCUGCAUGCGUUUGCCAUGCAUCUUAGCUCAUUUUGUGUGUGUGUGUGUUUGCUUAGUUCAGACGAUUAACUAUGGCUUUACCACAUCCCUCUCCAUUCAGACAUCGUCAGUUUUUCAUCCUGACUACCAACACCAAAGUAAUGGACGUGGAGGAAUCUUCUAAUGGCUGUCUGUCUGUAGAGUUCAGACACUUGGUAACCGCUCACCUUCACUGUCCCCACUAACACACUAACAUAUUUAUAAUAAUUAAAACUCAAUCUGUUAAUCCACAGGUUUAGUGAAACAUUUUAGUGUACUCAAACUAAUUUGGUCCAAUGGGGCUGGCUGGCUGCAGCAGCCAUAUUGGAUGUUUGCAAUGACCCUAUUAUAUUGCAAAACGUAUUUCUUAUGAUCGCCCUGGCCUAGCUGUACAUUCAAUUGUGUGAAUAGUUCAUUUGAUUAUGCAUUUCUGUAUAUUUAUUAUGAAUUUAAUUAAUUAAUACAAAAUUAUUUUUUUGUAUCUUCAGCAGCUGAAAGAGAAGAAAUAUGUUAAUGGCGCCAAGGUGAACGAGGUGAGAGAAAUAUGACAGUUGAACAAUACUAUUUGUUUUUCCCUAAAUGACGGUGAAGGGUCAGUGAUUCAAGCCUAUCAAAAGGUGACACUUUACCACAGUGAACUUUAGAAAAGCUUGACCUUCAGAUUUGUUUGCGGUUGUCACUAGUUACCACAGCCACAAACUCAUAAACGCUGCCUAUUUCUAAAAUGUAUCUUCUUAAAAUCUGAUUUGGCGAUAUAGCCAAUUUUGACUUUGUGGCUGUGGUUACUAGUGCAAACCUUUGUUUUCCAUGUUAGCCUUUUAGAACUGCUUUGGGGAGCAACUAUAAGUCUUUAAAUAACAACUACAAAAAAUAUUAAUUCUGGUCAACCAGAGGUAAUUUAAUAAAAGUAAUUGGACACUGAGGUGAAUUAAGAGUUAUGAUUUAUUUAUUUUUAGAGGUCAAUUAUUUUGCCUGAGUUAAAAACACAACUCAAAAACACUUCCAUUAAGAAAAGGUAGUUGCUUUCUUGAAACAGUAGAGGGCAACAUUACCUUGGAUUUACAAAGUUGUUCCCUCAAUUUGAAGUUUAAUUUUGAACUCCUUUUCAGGACAAUGGUGCGUUUGUUUGUGUACGUUUCGAGAUGGCACCAUAAUUUAUCGCAGAUGAAAAACCUUGUAAACUUUAAACAACGUACUCUUUCUGAGUUUUUUUAAAAUCAUAGAUUGACGUUUGAAUAUACAAAAAGGAGUUUAUUUGACCUUUUUAUUCACAUGACUCAACAAGAUGGGUCAAGUCUUCCUUCACAUGCUCUAAAGACUAGGAUAUAGGAUCCUUAUUUUAUCCAGAAAUUGACUGAAUGAAUACCGCUAUUAAACUUCCCCCUAUUACUCAUAUACUGUAGAGAAAAUAUUAUUACUUCAUUGGAGAUUGUUUCUCUGGAGUUUUCCCAGCCUUGUUAUGGAAUGAUGUUCUUUGUUAAAUUCCUUAUCCUGUUGAUAGAGCUUGUCAUGUUUGUCAUUGAAAUGUAGGAAACUUUUUAGUGGGUCACUCACUGAACAAAAAAGGUUUAAUAGCCCUUGGCUACUGUAUUUCAUGCGUUCUGAGGAAAAGGUUUAGUAAAGUGUGUGUGUGUAUUCUGCUGGUUCCAGGGUCCUCUCUCUGUGACGGAGGAGCUCCACUCCCUCAGCUUCGAGGCCCAGUUCAACAUACAGGGCAUUAACAUCGACCUGGAGGUCAGUCAGUCUGCACACUCCUUCACACGUCCUGUAUACGACACUCCCACACACAUUCUUACAAUACUCCACACAUAAUCCCUCACACACCCCAUAUAACCCCCACAUAGUCUUCCUGGCAUACAUUGUCAGUCAUCAUUAGUCCUUGUCUAAUGUUAGGUUAUGUAGUUUAAGUCUUAGGAGCAUGAUUAAAUACUUCCACACUCCAUACCCAGGGGGCAGCACCAACAGGGUUUAAAUGCUGUGCCAAGCCUUUAUAAGCCCACAGGUGCAAGCAAUCAAGGUGAUCGUCAGUCAGAGCCGUGAGGCUGCUUGUUUGUUUGGUGGACAUGAGGCCUUUAUUUUGGCUUUGAGUCUUUAAUUUGGGUAUGCCUCUUUGUAGUUUUCCUUUUUGUUUGUUUAUUUUCGUCACCAUCUGAACAAAUAAUAAUCCGCUUGGGCUGGCCCUGAACUCUGUAAUUUUGCUGUGUCCUGGGUACAUGCAUUCAACACCUGGUCGCAUAUGCUUACUUGUCAUAUUAAUGCACACAUCAAGUCAGGUUACAGAACAAUUAGGCAAGCCUAGGUUCCCUAGACCCAGAGAGUGUAGUAUAACAGUAGGAUGUCUAUUCAGUUCUGUAACAGUAAGCAUAUACUUUGUGGGUGCAGUCAGGUCCAUAAUUAUUGGCCUACUUGCAUGCUCAAGAAAAAGGAAAUAUUAUUAUUUUAUACUAAUACAAUUGCUCAGAGAGAUUUUGUUUAACUAGUAAUACAAAUUAUUGGCACCCCUGUUUUCAGUACUCUAGCACCUUCCCCUUGCAAGGAUAACACUGAGCCUUGAAAAAAAUUGUUUUGAGAUUGGAGAACACAUUGGGAGGGAUCGUAUGUGUGUGUCUCUCUCUCUGCAGACCUACUCCUUUCCUCUGGUGGUCAUCUCCAACGUUAGCCAGCUGCCUGGAGGCUGGGCCUCCGUCAUGUGGUACAACCUGUUGACUGACGAACCCAGGGUGCGCUGAGAUCUCUCUCUCUCUCUCUUUCUCUCUCACACACACACAAACACACGCUACCAUUGUUUUAGGUGUUAUCUUUUAUCCCUUUCUCCUCACCUCUCUAACCCUCUACCUCUCUCUCUCUCUCUCUCUCGCUAUAGAACCUGGGCUUCUUUGCCAGUCCUCCGCGGGCCAGUUGGGGCCAACUCGCUGAGGUGCUGAGUUGGCAGUUCUCCACUUACACUGGGCAGGGCCUCAACAGGGAGCAGCUGUGCAUGCUGGGGGAGAAACUCAUGGGUACGGCGGCCCAGUGGUACACUUCAUCAGAGCAUAAAACACUGUUGGCAUACAUACACCAUUAUUUUGCCCAGUUCAUGAGGAACAGCGCACCCUCCCAAGUAUUUUCAAGUUUGGCAGAACAGCAAUGUGAAUUAUCAGAGAUGAUUUAGAAUCUGUCUGACUUCCAACCACCACAAGUAUGGAAUCAUUCUAUAUUAUCUAAGGAUUGUGUUAUUUUUGUUCAAGAAUAGCUGAAUAUUCAUUCUUAGUGUAUGAAUGUGUACUGGUUUGUUGAUCAUCAGAAUUAUAUGAAUAAUCUUCACUGUAGGUCAGCAAGCCUCCCACAAUGAAUGUCAGGUAUCCUGGUCCAAAUUCUGCAAGGUAGGUCAAGCAGUCCUACAUUCUCCAUCUUGACUUGACUUAUUCAUUUCAGCUCCUAGUGGAGUCAUUCUCCAUCAACAAUUAAUAAUGCCUCACUUCCUCUCAGCCUACUUCAUUGGUCAAAUUAAAUUGAUAACUUGAGGCUCUUUUUUUCUGAAAGAUGCCAUAUACUUUUAAGGAUAUUUUCUCAUCUCUCUUUCCCAUUCUGUCUGCUUUUUCCAGGAGAAUAUUCCCGGGAAGCCUUUCAGUUUUUGGGUGUGGCUGGAUUCCAUCCUGGAUCUCAUCAAGAAGCACCUGCUUCCCAUCUGGAACGACAAGUGAGAUUUGGGGCCUGUCAGAAACAACCCCUAUCCCCUUCCCCUUAGGGAGAUUGACGAGGGCGGCAUUUUGCGAGCUAAACUCACCAAAAAUACGCACUUCCAACAACAUAUAACACCUCACAUAAUUCUGCCCAAACACAAUGAAAACUUCUCUCACCAAUUUGCAUAUGGGCUAUUUAGGUGAGUGCUGAUGACGCCCCAUAAUAAGCAGUGCCCACUUUGCCAAAGGCAGGGGCGCAAAAAUAUUUAGCUUACCCAUGCCCAGUGCGCCUCUCCAAGGUGCUGUUGGAGAGAUGCAGCGCUGUGGCGCUCCAACAACUCUCUGUCAAAUACAUCUAACAUAAAUCAUGUAGCAUAUAGAAAGAGUAGUAGCCUCUGUGGUUUUUCUGUAGCCUACAGACUGGAGAACAAAUUCAUGACACACUUUUUACAUCAUUAAAUAGCCAAAAUUGUGGUGCCCCAUAUCAAAUAGCCUAAAUGGCGCCCCAUAUCAAAUAAAACAUUUGCUUUGAUGAAAAUAUGACUUUAAAAAAACACCAUAUCCUAAAAACAGGACGGGUCCAAAUAAAAUGGACAAUAUUGAAUUAAAUUAGACUACUCAACUGCUAAAUUGUCAUGAUGAUCAGUGAUUUCAAGUUUGUAUUUGUCCGUUUUUGACGAGCUGAUUCAAAGUGAAUAUUGAAAAUACUUCUGCAUUUCCCAGUGUGUAAAUACAUAGAUUCUCAUUGCAAAUUGGCUCCAGAUAACUCCUGAUGAACUUGGGUAGCUGAUAUUAUAGUCUUAAGCUUUUGUCAGGAAUCAAUCAAGCCAAUGCAACUACCUGUUUUACAAACGGUAGCCUUCAUAAAACUGCAUAGCGGGCCGAUACACCGAUACUGAAGCCUACACUAUUCUAGUUUUGCAGUAAUCAGGAAGUGAAUCAUUAGGUUCAGUUCCAUUUGAAUGGAUUUAAUCUAUUCACUCAGAGGGCUUUAGAACACUGUGUACUCUAUUACAUUAGUGGGUGUUAAUGCAUAAUGUAAUAGUGGUGUAAUUUAUGGUGUGGUUUGCUUGUGCUUCUUCAGCUGCAUCAUGGGCUUUGUCAGUAAGGAGACAGAGAGGGCCCGUUUGAAGGACAAGGAGCCUGGGACAUUCCUGCUGCGCUUCAGCGAGAGCCACCUGGGUGGGAUCACCUUCACCUGGGUGGAGCAGUCCGACAGUGGUGAGGCCCGCUCGGUUGUCAAUUACUGUGGUGUCGUGAAACAUGUAUCUUGAAGAGGCUAUAUGGAACUUUUGCAUCUGCCCUUGAGCCAAAAAGGGUCCCCUUCAUGGAGAUACAUAUUGUCCAGAAAUGACCUCAUUAGGGGUCACACCUCCCCACACCCAUUAGUAAAAUCAUAUUGUUUUCCUAAGAUAAUGUGGUGGUUUCAUAAGAUAAUAAAUGGAUUCAUAUUUUAUCUGAACCAUGCGGUCAACAUUCAAAUCCCAAAUUUGACAUAAACAAUUAGCACCUAAACUUCCAGUGUCUUAAUAUUUAUUCUGUAAACAUCCAACUCUGAUUGGCUCUUUGGUUGUGUCUGUGUCAGCAGGAGAGGCUAAGUUCAUCUCGGUGGAGCCAUACACCAAAUCACGCCUCAGCGCUCUCCCGUUCGCCGACAUCAUCCGGGACUACAGGGUCAUCGCAGACGGAGAGGUCCCCGAGAACCCGCUCAAGUACCUCUACCCCGACAUCCCCAAAGACGAGUCCUUCAGACGACAUUACAAAAGUCAGCAGAGCAAAGGCAAGAUGGCUGCCGAGACAUGUUUAUGAUGGAGAGGGUUUUGGGUUGUAUUUUAGAUAUAGGAAUUCUGACCAACUAGGGUUCCAGCAACUUCUCUAUGAAUGAGAGUAAGUAUGUUAUGGGGGUGCAACAUUUUCUCAUUGUUUUCUGGGGAUGUUUUUUAUGAAUACCUGUGUGGUAUCUAGUUACUGGGGGAGGGGACAGGGGGGUGGUUGGUGCACAACAUGCAAUUAUCUAUUAUUUUUACUAAAAUGGCCAUAUUCUCCUAUUUUAUCUUCUUGCAGUCUUUCCAUACAUACCAUCUACAUGGAUCCCCAUCUCCUUUGCAGUGAGUACAGAACAGUUUGUUAUGAUCUUA